AUGAUACCACUAUCCCACCAGCGUAUGUUGGGCGUACGUGAAUUCUCACGUCUGAACGGGCGAAGGUGUUCGCACUUGAGCAAUGUGAUUAGUAUGCCCGACACAUCAUCGAUACGACGACCCAGUAACUGUCCUGGUCGUGACGAUCGAUUGGCCCGCUUUCCUGACAAGCGGGCCAAUCGAUCGUCACGACCAGGACAGUUACUGGGUCGUCGUAUCGAUGAUGUGUCGGGCAUACUAAUCACAUUGCUCAAGUGCGAACACCUUCGCCCGUUCAGACGUGAGAAUUCACGUACGCCCAACAUACGCUGGUGGGAUAGUGGUAUCAUGUUCGCCUCGUAUGUCAGGUGUCCGGAGUUCAAAUUCCGGCACGUCUAUUGGAUAUGCACUGCUGGUGAGCUCUAA